AUGGUGAAAGCUCAAUGUUCAGACUGUACACCAGGAGUGAAGGUCAACUACACAUGGUCAUUGCAAAAAUAUAAUCCUCGGAGCAAUAUGAGAACUGAUGCUGACAUCAGUGUUGAGGACUUCACAAGUGCCGGUAUCUACUCAAAGUCCAUAUCAUUCAAUGCUUACAAACUCAACUUUGGAGUACAGUACUAUUUACACGUGGCGCUGGACUAUUUAAGCGAGUCUGGAGUCAUGGUGACGUCAUAUGGUGAGAUGCCAUUCACAACGAACAUCCAGCCUUAUGGAGGAACAUGCAAUGCGUAUCCAAACGAAAAUGGCAUUGUCAAAGGUUACGCUCUGGAAACUAAAUUCAACAUCAAAUGUCAGGAAUGGAAAGACGAAGGUGAUCUAGACGAAAGACCAACCGACCCAGCAGACGCCUUUACAGAUUUGUCGUACGCCUUUUACACGAAGCGGGAUGGCGCCACUACUCGCACUUUGCUGCAAAGAGGAUCGGAAGCUGGGACCGAGAGGUUUUUUGAGAUCGGGAAUUUAACUAUAUUCGCACGAGUAAUGGACAGAUACGGAGAAUACAUCGAAGAGGAAAUUCCUGUCCAGGUGCUGAAACUUGCCAACGCCGCCGCGAAGAUAUCAGAAAUGACAUCCGGUGAAGACAGUUUACUGAAUCAGAUGGUGAACAGUGGUGAUGUCGGCGCAGUCGCGUCUUUCACAGUGGCAUUAGCAUCCGUGCUGAAUGCUGGUCCGGAAGAAGGAGAGGAAGAAGAAGAAGGCGCGGCAGAUGCAAGGAGUAAGGUUCGUGAUGCUAUGAUCAGCGGUCUGGAGAAAAUGUCAAGUGGGGGUGCGAGUACAGCCGAUUCAGUCGGACAAACAGCCAAGGCACUGGAUUCCAUUACUGCAAAACCAGAUGAGGUUAAAGGGUCAACUCAGUCUAAAGCUGCCGCCACUCUCAAGUCUGUAUCGAGUUCGUUCACCUCCUUCGACACAAUGCGAGAAGACGACAAACUGGGCACCGCUACAGAUAUUACGUCUGGGUCUGGCAAUGUUCUGACGUCAUCGUCAUUAUCGUCUGCUAAAAUGAAAGCGCUCAAAGUUGACCCAAGCUCUGAAGAUUUUGAUUAUGUAGACACAGAACCAUCACCAGAAGAAUUGGAAGAGGAGGAUAGAAAGAGCCAAGAGGUGGCUAACGAUGUAAUGGAAGCUACAAAGGCUACAGCAGGAGCAGUACUGAAGAAUAAACCACCUGGUUCUAAACCUAUCACCCUGGAUACACCAUCCAUGAAGAUGUCAUUACAGCGAGAAAGUCCGGCAAGUCUGGGUGGAAAGAAAAUGCAAUCUGGUGGCGCUUCAUUCAAACUACCGAGCGGCUCCUCCAUGGUUGGUGGAAACUCCGACUCAGAUGACGAAGACGAUGCCGUUAGUAUAGCGACUUCGGAGCUGGCGCACAAUCCAUUCCCCUGGGCGAAAUCGGGUACCAAAUCUGCGGUGAUGUCGCUAGAAUUGACUGGUAGCGAUGGUAAGCCGAUUCAAGUGUCUGGUCUCCAGGAGGAAAUAGUAAUCGAACAGUUGAACCAGAAGCCAGUUGUCGCCGAAAUUCUACAACCGGAAUUGGGUGUUGUCAGCGAAAUGUACUAUAGAAAUGUGACAAUAGAAAAUAACCACACUGCACUGCGAGUAAUGUUGCGCCCCUUGGAAGAAGGCCUCAACUAUACUGUAUAUCUUCGAUACGAAUACAGCCCAACCACAGAGGACUAUGAACAUCGGCAGGAUAUACCAAGGGAUGAUUACGAGGCUCUUGGUGAUGAUGAUGAAGUCUUAGAAGAAGAGUGGCCAUACACCAUGUUUGUACCAAGCGCAGAGUUAACGCAAGUGGGCAAUUACAGCAUUGGUAUAUUCCAAAAUGGAGCGGACGAGAACAGUACAUGGGCGAAUAUUUCAUUGAGCAUUGCAGUGAUCGGGUGUAAAUAUUUCAAUCAAACACUCAGUGAUUGGAGUUAUGACGGAGUUAGGGCUUUGAAUACGUCCACCACCCAAGUCACGAAAUGUGGAGCAACUCACUUAACCUCGUUCGCGACCGAUUUCUUUGUACCACCGAAUUCAAUAGAUUUUGGUACAGUAUUUCAGAAGUUCGCAAAGUUAAAUGAAAAUGCAUCUGUCUUCUCUACCAUCAUUGUAAUACUGGCUCUGUACAUCGUCGGCGUGAUUUUUUGUCGAAGAGCGGAUAAAGCUGAUCUAAUCAAGUGGGGAGUUCUGCCACUUGCCGACAACGACCCGGACCACCAUUACUACUAUCAAGUCAAUAUUCAUACGGGUACUAAAAUGGGAGCUGGCACAAAGUCACGCGUCUCGUUUACCUUAUUUGGAAGUAUCAUGAACUCUGGUGUCAGGAAAUUGGAAGACGGAGAAAGAGAUAGUGACAAGCUUUUUGAAAAAGGAUGUAUCAGUAAAUUUAUUCUGGCGACACAUGGCCCGUUGGGGAAGAUGCGAUCUUUACGUAUAUGGCACGAUAACUCCGGGGGAGGCACAGCAGCAUCCUGGUUUCUAGGACGCGUGGAAGUGAUCGAUCUACAGUCUGAUGACAAGUGUUUCUUUCUUUGCGAUAAGUGGCUGGCUGUGGAGAAAGGCGAUGGGAGAAUAGAGCGCUUUCUUCGCAGUGCUACCGAAGAAGACUAA